AUGUACGGUACCUUGAGACCGGAUUCGACCAAUCGGCGGAUCUCGACUAUAAGCCGGGAGACCCUCGACAAGGAAUUACCACCGACGCCCGAACCAGAGCCAGAUAAUUCUGGACUGACCACUAUCCUCAUUGGGCCCAAGAAGCGCCGUUUCAAAGUCAACUGCCAGCUACUCUGCGAUGUCUCUCCGUUUUUCCAAGAGCGUAUUGAAGAUCCUUUCCAUUCACAAACAGUCUCAUUAUGGCUUCCUAGCGAAUCGCCUGCCAUGUUUGGUCUGUUCGUCGAGUGGGUACACUCUCCAGAAACCUUUCACGAAUACCUUGAAGACGUCAUCGGUUCAGCACAGAAGAAGGGUGAGAAGGAGUCCCUCGAUAUUCACUGGGCAAUCAUUCAUCUCCACCUCUUUGCCUCACAGCUCUCUCUCGGCUAUCUACAGGAUGCUUCCAUAGAUGCCAUCCAAGACCUUUAUCUCAAAUACGAUUGGGACGUCCCCCCAAAGUUGGUUGCCUACCUUUACACCGAAUGCGAAAUAGGGCCGUCGAUACGCCUUCGUCGAUGGGCCGUUGCUAUGGUUGCCUUUUGCCUGGCUGUAGGCGGGCAGCCCAAGUUUUCGGGUCAAGAUUUGACAACAUCCUAUCCCCAGCAAUUCAAUGCGCUUUUCCAGUCACUACCCGAAUUCGCCGCCGACUACGCUCAACACAUGGAAAACAUGAAGGAGUCCGGCCACGACGUCCAGCUCAAGAACCCACAGCUCCGCAUCUCAGCCAACCAGCUGGGCAACAACAGACGGCUGUUUGGCUUUCGGGAGUGUUCCUUCCAUUCGCAUAGGUCUGCCGUUGGCGAAGGCCAUUGUCCUCAUGCCAUGGACAGGGCACCAAGCAGAGCGAUGAGCGCGCCGGAUCUCCCAAGGCCUAGAUGGAGGCAUAAGCGCCAAGAUAGCAGCAGCAAUGCGCCAAGACGCUUUAGAGAGAUUUAA